AUAUGAGUGAUUCGUGUUCAGUCUAUAAUGAUAAUCACAAAGAUGGCGUGUUGAUCGCAAUUUGUUUAUAUAUGAUUCUAAAGGAAAAAAAGCUAACCUAGUUAUUUUUGUUGAACGAUUUCGUUUAAUUCGAUGGUAUAAAUUGAACCACAAAAUAAUAUAACAAUUAAGAUAAUUAUUAUACGUCACUAACUGAGAAAAAGGUAUUGUGAAAGAGUAAAAGUAUACUUUGCAAGUAUCUGCUAUGGGUUUGCCACAUGUAUAUUUCGACGUAGCCGCUACAGAUAAACCAUUAGGUCGUAUCGUGAUGGAAUUACGAGCAGAUAUAGUCCCAAAAACAGCGGAAAAUUUUCGCGCACUCUGUACAGGAGAGAAAGGUUUUGGAUAUAAAGGAAGUACCUUUCACAGAAUAAUUCCCAAAUUUAUGUGCCAGGGUGGUGAUUUCACUAAUCACAAUGGUACAGGAGGAAAAUCUAUUUAUGGAGAGAAAUUUGAAGAUGAGAAUUUUGAAUUGAAACACACUGGACCUGGCAUAUUGUCUAUGGCAAACAAUGGACCAAAUUGCAAUGGUUCACAGUUUUUUUUAACUACCGUAAAAACCAGUUGGUUGGAUAAUAGGCAUGUAGUUUUUGGUUCGGUAGUUGAUGGUAUGAGUGUAGUAAAGAAAGUUGAAAGCUAUGGCACUCAAAGUGGGAAAACUACUCAUACCAUUAUAAUUACCAAUUGUGGUCAACUUUAAAGUAUUCUAGUUUGCAUCUUUAUAAUAUCUGCACAGUUAUAUAUUUUUAUUUUUUUAAUAGGUCAAUUCUUGUACAAUGAUUAAUGUAAUGAAAAAAUAUACACACAGCAAAUGAAA